AUGGCUGACCCUCUUAGCAUUACUUCUGGGAUUCUGGCCGUUGUUGGCGCAGCCUACACCAGCACCAAGGGCCUUUACGAUCUUAUUGAUGGCCUCCAAAACGCGCCGAAGGCCAUCGCGGAGAUGAAAUCAGACAUUGGUGCCGUGCAGGGAGUUCUGAAGGCCCUCGAGACGAAUCUGCGGGAGAAGCCGGCCGCCUUGACGCCGAUCUUCGAGCGUGUCAGAAUCAAAGAGACCGUUGGCGCCUGCGACGAUAUCACGAAAAACUUCACGCAGACGAUCGAGAAGUACACGGCCCACUCCAAGGAUGGGUCGUUCAGCAAACGCGACAGGUUGACCGUGACGUUCCGCAAAUCCAAGCUCGACGGUUUCCGGACCCGGCUCAACGCCGCCAAAGACACGGUGCAGUUCGCGGUCACUUCAGCCAAUUUAACAAUAUCCUCGUCUACUUACUCCUCGACCGAAGACCUCAAGGCGACGCUAGAAAUGCAUGAAGACGCGCUCAGGUCGCAGUCCCAACUUCUCGUUAAUAUUGAGAAAGACAUCAAGGACCUGGAAAUCGACGAGGAGGCCGAGGCCGACGAGACCAACGAUAUCAUCGCCAUCACGACCCGCGAGCGCGAUCUCACGCUCGCCAUCUUGCCGGUCCUCCAGAAGUCGUGUGCGGAGGCGCUGGCGGUCACGGAGGCGCAGGCCAACAACACCACCCAGAGGUUCGGCAACGUCACCGCCGAGGACUUCUCCAAGGUUGGAGCUGGCGUGGUUGGUUCCCACCUUGGGACCGGGAAUGUGCAGCAGAAGUGGGGGGACACGAAGGCAACGAAAUCGAGCCAGGCAUUCGUGGGCCGCAUGGACGGUCAGGCUUUCAGGGACUUCUGGAGUAGUCCGACGCCAAACUCGGACGCCGGUCCCAGAUCCGGAACCGGGGGUGCUUAGACUGAUCCGCCUAGGUCUCUCAGGAACUCUAUACAG